AGGUAUAAACUCUUUAAAAUGUUUAUAUUUAUGAAACCCAACAGUUUGUAAUCCAUGGCAUAUAUUAUUUUCAUGUUUUCCAUCAUCUUCUUCUUAAUAAAUCGUCACCAUAAAUUAUGGUUUAAGCCAACAGUUUUAAAAUUGAAUUCAAUAUCUCUAAACUAGUUAGUAAAUUGAUGCAACUGAAUGAGUCCAACAUGAUUUUCACCUCUUUGCAAACCAUAUGUAGGAAACAAGAAACAUGGGAGCGCUGCAAUAAAUGGAACAAUGUUCUUCUUCCAAGAGGAUCUGCACCCUGGUAAGAGGGUGAAUUUACCACUACUCGCCAAGACGUGGGACUUGACUACCUUCUUGCCUCAACAAGUUGCUCGGUCAAUACCCUUUUCGUAUAACGAGUUUCCUCAAAUUCUAAAUCUCUUCUCCCUGGAUCCCGAAUCAAUGGAAGCCAAUGAUAUGGAACAAACAAUUAAUGUUUGUGAAAGAGAAGGGCUGCGUGGAGAAGAAAUAUUUUGUGCCACUUCGUUCGAGUCGUUUGUUGAUUCCAGUGUUUCAAAGCUUGGGAAAAAUAUCCAGUUACUAGCCAACGAGCUUGCGAAAGAAACUAAUAACCCAGUGUUUACCAUCGGAAGGGGAAUACAAAAUAUGGGGGAAGAGGAGCUUGUUUGCCACAAAAUGAGCUAUCCAUAUGCUGUGUUCUUAUGCCAUUCAAUCGACAGUACAGUGGUGUAUAAAGUUCCACUGGUGGGCAUGGAUGGGACAAAAGCCAAAGCUUUAGUUAUUUGCCACAAAGAUACAUCCGCUUGGAGCCCCAAUCACCCUGUCUUUGAGAUUCUUAAAGUUAAGCCAGGAACUGUCCCCAUUUGCCAUUUUGCUGUUAGAGAUACCCUCGCCUGGGUUCGGAAAUGAACUAUGCGCAGCGUUGUAACCAAAAUGUCACCUUAAAGUGCUGCAUAAGCGCCAAAUAAAUUUUGUUCUAAAAAAAAUAAAAAAAAAGCAUCAAAUAAUUUUUUUUAAAAUUUCCAAGACGAAUAUCCUACAAUACUUUGUAAUAAAAAUAUAUUAAGGAAAGACAUUCCAUGUUACAUAUGUGUUGCAAACUUGUACUCUCUUUCAUCCUACCGAUGAAUAACAAUGGAUUUCACAUGGUGAAAAUAUAUCAUUGUCGACAAGAAAUUAAUUUUACUAGAAAGUUGGAUGAAUGAACAUUGGCAAAAAAAUACUUGA